GGCUGAGGCGCCGGGUCGGCUCCGACUCUCGGCCGACGCUUCCCAUGGCUGACGGGUCUGGGGCGUGCUCCGCCGGGCGCAAGGCCCGAGGUCCCCGCGGCCCGCGAAACGUCGCAGGCACUAAACAGACAAAUGCCUUGAAACAAGAAGCAGCUUCUAAAAGAAAAGCAGAACUAGAAGCAGCUGUCAGAAAGAAGAUUGAGUUUGAGAGAAAAGCUCUGCACAUCGUUGAACAGCUGUUAGAGGAGAAUAUUACAGAAGAAUUCCUAAGGGAGUGUGGGAAGCACAUCACGCCUGCUCACUACAGCGAUGUCGUGGCCGAGCGUUCUAUCAUCAAACUCUGCGGCUACCCCUUGUGUCGGAAGAAGCUAGAAAAUGUACCAAAACAGAAAUAUAAAAUUUCUACCAAAACCAAUAAAGUCUAUGAUAUUACUGAAAGAAAGUGUUUCUGCAGCAAUUUUUGUUACAGAGCUUCUAAAUUUUUUGAAGCACAAAUUCCUAAAACUCCAGUAUGGGUUCGAGAAGAAGAAAGAGAUCCUGAUUUUCAGCUGCUACAGGAAGGACAAAGUGGCCGUUCUGGAGAAGAAAUACAGUUACGCAGUACGGCCAUUAAGACAUCAGAUAUUGACAAUCCUGGCCAUUUUGAGAAGCAUUGUGAAUCUAGUUCUUCUGGCACUCACAGUGAUAGUGGCAGUGAUAACGAGCAAGACUUUGUUUCCUCCAUUCUACCAGGAAACAGACCAAGUGCAAAGGGUAUAAGGCCACAGCUGCACAAAAAGAGCAUAAUGAAAAAGAAAGCUGGUCAAAAAGCUAGCUCCAAACAUGAAAGCAAAGAACAGACAGUGAUAAAUGUCACUAAGCAAUUAGACAAUUGCAGAUUAGAUAGUCAGGAGAGAGCUGCUGCUUGUGAACUUCCUUUGCAGAAAGUAAAUACUCAGAUUUCUUCAAAUAGCCCUUCACAAGAAAAAUCAGAAGCUUCAGAAAUUUCUGAAAAUAAAUACAGUAGUUCAAAAAUAACCCUUGUAGGCAUAAGUAAGAAAAGUGCUGAGCAUUUUAAGAGGAAAUUUGCCAAAUCGAACCAAGUUUCUAGGUCGGCUUCUAGUUCAGUGCAGGUGUGCCCUGAAGUUGCAAAGGCAAACUUACUUGAAGUCCUGAAGGAGACUUUGAAUGAGUGGAAGACAGAAGAAACCUUGAGGUUUUUGUAUGGCCAGAAUUAUGCUUCUGUAUGUCUGAAACCCUCUUCAGCCCCUCUGGUUGAAGAAGAAGAACUUGAUGAAGAUGACGUAAACUCUGACCCAGAGAGGCAUUCCCCUGCCUUGCAGGAAUCUCAGAACAGCUUGGAUGAGUCUUUACCAUUCAGAGCCUCAGAUUCAGCCAUUAAACCACUGCCAAGUUACGAAAACUUGAAAAAAGAAACUGAAACAUUGAAUCUAAGAAUCAGGGAGUUUUAUAGAGGACAGUACGUUUUGAAUGAAGAAACCACCAAAUCACAAGACUCGGAAGAGCAUGAGCCUACCUUUCCACUGAUAGAUUCAAGUUCUCAGAACCAGAUUAGAAAACGCAUCGUACUUGAAAAAUUGAGUAAAGUAUUGCCUGGACUUUUGGGGCCUCUUCAGAUUACAUUUGGAGAUGUUUACACACAACUUAAAAAUCUUGUCCGAACUUUCAGAUUAACAAAUAGAAAUAUUAUACACAAACCUGCAGAGUGGACCUUAAUUGCUUUGGUGUUGCUGUCAUUGAAUUCUACACAUACACAAAUGGACACCUAUAAGCCCCCCUCACAAAAAAAGUUCAUAGUGUUGAAUAUAAGGCCAUUUAAAUUAAAUGUCUGAACCGUAACUAGUGGUAUUUAUUUUGGAUUCUUCAGUAUCCAUAAAAUUUGUGGGGUUUUUUUGCUUGUGUAAAUCUUGGUGUGUUUAUCUUAUGAUGUUUACUAUCACAAUACCCUUGUCAUUGUGAAGUUAAGUAUUUACCUAUUUACUGAGGAUUAAACUAUCAUUGGAUUGAUUUCAAAGCCCCCUAUAUUUAUUGCUUAAAGUUUAUAUAAGAAAAAUAUAAUCUUUUUAAUUGAAGUAGCUUUACCCUCAGCCAGCAAGGCUUUGUGGGAACCCAGAUAUUUUCUAAAGAAAAAGUAAUACUUGUUUAAAUUUUAACCAAAGCCUACUGUCUUCGUGAUUUUUUUCCCUCAGAAUUCAUCAUAUUUUUGGCAAUUUUGUAAUGUUGGUUUUUUAAUCCAUAAGUAGCUAAGAGCCCCCACCCUUGGGCCAAAAUACUAGUUAAAGUCACCAAGAACCCUCAGUGAGAAAUGUGCCUUCCGGCUCCCCCUUCCCAAGGAGCAGUGGCGGCUGCAGUGGUGACAGCUGGAGCAGGUGGCGCCUGGCCCUUACCAGUCACAGCCUCCACCUGAGGAGUCCAUCCCCUCCUCUGCUCUUGACAUCCUCAUGUCCUGAGCCCCCUGAGAGGACAGGCCAGGGGAGCCUGGGAGCAGAAGGUUCAAGGGCAUCCCCAGCCUCAGGGUCCUGCACCGCAGGAGUGUGACCAUCGCUGUGUGUGGACACCUCUGGUUGGCUCCAUUUCUGUCUCAGAGCAUUGAAGAGAAGGACGGAGCCUCUGUUCUGAGAGGAUUGUUGCAUAGCAGUAAUCAUGAAGAAGAGUUUUUCUAACACUCCUCUCCAAAGCUGCUCUGUAGAUCUGUCACAAACAGGAUUUAGAUAUAAAGUUUAAAGUCACUGUAGCCCAGCCCUUUAAACAAACCUACGUAUGUCACUACAAAGUGAGUUACAAAGACCUUGUUUCUUUUGAAUUAGAAAUAUCGAUGGAAAGCAUCCCUGCUUCCUUAUUAAUAGGUAAUCCUAAAGCAUUAAACGCAAACAUUACCAGGACAUACACCAUCUGUUAUAAGAAAAACAUUUCAUUUUAUUUGGCUAUCAUGGUCUUUUAUAAUCAAAGUUUUUAUCUCAGUUUCUAGAUAAUAGUUCUGGAAUAGAAAGCCCAUAAUGACAUACUUCUUCAUGGUAUGUUCUUGUCUGUUUUUCUUUUAAAAGUCAUUCGUAGUAAUAGCCUCACAUGCCUCUUGGUUAUUCAAACUUGGGGACUUCAGAUUUGUGCCCAGGAUUAAAUUUAUGUAAAUAAUUAUUAUUAAGCAUUACAGUAUUCUUAGUAAACACAGUUCCCUGACCGCAGAGGCCACCUUUAGCCACGCAGGGGCGUCUUAAAGCCCUAAACUCAGUCUCCUUCUGGAUUGUAUCCUGGUUUUCCCUUUGCACUAGCAGGGCAGCCUUGCAAAGGGUUCUUAACCUCGUGCAUUUUUGUCUUGGUGGCAAAAAGAGGGAUUGGACUAAAUGCUGGUUAAAUCAACUUGACGGCGUGAAUUCAACUAUGAGAUGUUGUAAGAAGCUGUUCCAGGGCAGCGCGUGGGAGACUGCUGAAGGGGACAGUGCGGACGACGCAUCAGCGCAGGAAGCAGCUUCGUUGCGCCGCUGGGGCGCCGCGGGGGCACCGCCCGGUGCCACGCCUUUGUCGGGUGUCUCAGUCGCCACGCUUGAGGGCGGAGCGCCCGGGGCG